CCCUCCCCCAACCCAUUCCUCUCUCUCUCUCGCGUUCGCUUGCCGAUGGAGAACGCCAAGGAGAGCGGUGCUGGAGAAAAGAUCGCCGACGAAAACCCUUGCCCGAACUCCCUGCCGCCUGCGGAUGCGGAGGCCGAGCCCGCUGCAGGAGCGGCGCCGCCGCCUACCGGGACGCCGUUCACCAGCCUCAGCCAGGUCGAGGCCGACCUCGCCCUGGCCCGUGCGCUUCAAGAACAGGAGCGGGCGUACAUGAUGCUGCGGAUGAACGGUGGAGAGGGCAGCGAUUACGAGAGCUCCGAUGCUGCGAGCUACGAGUGCGAGGGCGGCGACGAUCCAGACCACCCUAUCGAAGAGGCGGGGAGCGCUGAGGGGAGCGAUUACGGCGAGGACGCGUUCGAUGCCAACGACGGCUCGAUCGAUCAUGCCGAAUUUGAGAGCGAUGAGGCCUUCGCGAGGGCAUUGCAGGAAGCUGAGGAGCGAGAGGUGGCCAUCCGGAUGGCCCUUGCUGGAUUGAACGACUGGGGUAUGGAGAAUCACGGGGCCCAUGGCAAUCACUCUCAGGAUGCUUGGGAAGAGGUUGAUCCAGAUGAAUACUCUUAUGAGGAACUAGUUGCACUGGGUGAGGUCAUUGGAUCUGCGAGUAGAGGCCUAUCUGCUGACAGAAUUGCCUCACUACCUUCUGUCAACUUCAAGGCAGGAAGCAUGCAAGAUGGCAACACUGAUCAAUGUGUUAUUUGCCGACUGGAGUAUGAGGAUGGUGAAUCCUUAGUUGUGCUUUCAUGCAAGCAUACAUAUCAUUCUGAGUGUAUAAACAAGUGGCUACAAAUAAACAAGGUAUGUCCACUCUGCAGCACUGAGGUUUCUACCUCUGGAAAUAAGCAGGAAUAACACCUGAUAGAAAUUCCCGUUGCCUUAUUUGAGUGCGAUGAGAAGAUAGCUCCGUUGGUUACAUUUGUCUGAAAUAUUGCAUCCGUUGAUACUCAUGGUCAAAUGGAGGAGUUAGAUGCUGUAACUUAAAUGCAUAAAUUGCUAUGUUAUUCAAUAUGCUCCAAUCCAUAAAUUCAUUAUGACUCCAAAGUGUUGUACUUCUCUACUCUGUCCUUGCGGAGUUUAUUGCGGAAACUAUGUUGCUUAAUACUGAUGCCUUCGCAAUUCUAUUUUCAAUGCAUGA